UACCGAUUCAGGUACCAACUUUUGCCUUCAAUGGAGAGUAAAGAAGGAGGGGGAGAUGGAUUGGUGGAAGACAAACCAACAUCAAUCACAGACUCACUUGUGGUCAUUAACAAGGAGGAAGCGAAAGAAUCUGAUCAAGAAGAAAUUCCAGAAGAAAUUGAAGGAGACGAAAAAAGUGACCAGCAAGACACUGAAGAUGAAUUUGUCUACUCUGAUGACUUUGAACCAUCCAAUGGUGAAGAAUCUGACAUUGAAGACAAUGACCAGCCAAAUGGAGAAGCCUACGUAGCUAAGGUGCGGAUUCCGAAUCCAGUAUUGCCAGAGACUGUGACAGAACUCGAGACAUCGUGGGGAAGCAAGAUAUACCUGGUGGGAACAGCGCACUUCAGCUCUGAGAGCCAGGAUGAUGUGACUAAGACAAUAGUAGCCACCCAGCCAGAUGUUGUGAUGGUAGAGUUGUGUAACAGCCGCAUGAACAUUCUCCAGUAUGAUGAAGAAACACUGCUACGCGAAGCCAAGGACAUCAGUCUGGUCAAAGUCAGGCAGCUUAUACAACAGAGUGGUUUUCUGCAGGGAGUAAUGCAUGUAUUUUUCCUACAAAUGUCCGCUCACCUCACAGAACAGCUUGGAAUGGCCCCUGGGGGGGAGUUCCGCAGGGCUUUUCAUGAGGCAAAGAAGAUCCCUAACUGUCGGCUGCAGCUGGGUGACCGGCCUAUUCAGAUAACCCUUAGUCGUGCCCUUUCCUCACUCUCCUGGUGGCAAACAAUCAAACUGGCCUAUCAUCUCAUCACAUCAAAGGAUUCUAUCAGCAAGGAGGAUGUAGAAAAGUGCAAGCAGAAGGACCUUCUGGAGGAGAUGUUGAAGGAGAUGACGGGCGAGUUUCCCGGCCUUAGUCGCGUCUUUGUUCAGGAGAGGGAUACAUUCCUAGCCCAUGCUCUUAAACAUGCUGCACAGCCUUUACCAAACCCAGAUGAUCCUACUGGUCACAUACCGAGUGUUGUUGUGGGUGUCGUAGGGAUGGGCCACGUUCCAGGUAUCAAAAUCAAUUGGGAAACCCCACAGUUUGACAUGAGAGAAAUAUGCAAAAUGCCUGAGAAGAGUCUGGGUUCAAAAGUGGUGCGGACGUGUAUCAAAAUUGGUGUUCUAGGUUGCGGACUAAGUUUAAUAGGUCUUUCAACGUUUGGUUGUUAUAAGCUCUACAAAUGGACUGGCUUUAUGAAGACUUGAAAUGAAAUUUAGUCUUAGGAGUUUAUCAAAAUAAUCUAGUGUGCCUAUAUUUGCCCUGCAUUCCAAAAAAAUGGUUUGGGGUGUUUUUGUGCAAAAUGUUAAGGGUGUAAAUUAUGCAGAAUUUUGUUUUAUGUAUGUUUGAUUUAUUUUUUAUGGAUAUGGGCUUUCGUUUAUUCAUGUUUGUUAUUUUAUAUGCUACUGUUUGCAAAUAAACAUAGCGAGAAGUGGUUGUCAAUCAAUUAAACAUAGCAUGUUUACAAUUGAUAUAUUGUACCAAUGACAUAGCCAUGUUUUAUCAGCCUUACUAGAACGGUCAGACCAAAAAUUUCAGAUGGGUUUAAAGUCAAUGUGCCACUUUGGCAUUCACAAUUGUGCAUAUUGUGAACUGUCAAACAUGUAAGUGGCACUCAUUAAAACAAACAAAAUUAUAGUGUCAGGGCAGCCAGGCAGUUCAAAUUCAUUGAUUUUGUUUUGUUGUCUUUGUAUUCUUGCAUAACUGACAUGUGUUCCAAGUUACCGGGCCUGGGAAUUUCUGUCUUACACACCCAGGUAAAAUGACUCAUGUGCAUCUAGUUUUAAUGCAUAAUGAAACUUAAUUCAAAAUAGGACAAUUUAGAUAAGCUGAUUCAGAAAAAUGUACAUCAACAAAAAGAUUAAUACAAAGUUAAAUGAGAACCUUAAAACGGCAAUGUCUAUCAAUUAUUUGACAUUUAGCUUCAAAUUCCUGCUCAUCAUGAAGUUGGCCUCAAUUAACAACUUUGCUUGCGCAUUUUACUGCAAUAUCUAAAUACAAUACUUACACUGUCAAAUUUACACUUAAAUUUAGAUGUAUACACGAGAACGUAUUGUUCACAUGUAUUCGGGGCAGAUGAAAAAAUUCGACCCUUGGGCAGCAGCCUGGCCGUAUACUUGGCAACCUCCGUAACCGGCUUCCGCACUUUGCAAUCAGAAGGAUGUAUUAUGUCUUGUUAAAAACAUGUGCUACUAGAUAAAUCAUCAUUAUAGUGCCUGCCAAGCAUGACAAGCAAACUGUUUACACUGGGAUGACUUUGUCUGGUCACUGUCAGCGUCAUACUCUGGUUUCCCAUCAAUAACUUUUGAACAACUUGGUGUAGAGUCUUUAAACUUGGUAUGCACAUAGGUCUUGGUCACUUUAUGGCCACAAUUGUGUGAGGUUAAUGGGUCUAAGGUCAUGGUGACCUUUACCAGUAAAAUUAUGCGUGCUCCUGACAGGUGACUCAUCUAUUCAGGGAAUUCUAGUUUAGAUUGUAUUAACUUACUUUAACUUGAUAGUAUUUCUGAAAACUGUAUUUAUGAAAGAUUACUUUCAGAGGUGGCCACUACACAAUAUUUAGAUACACAAACAAGUCUUCAACUUAGUAAUGUUUUGAUUAUGUUUAUUAGUAUUUGGUGCACAUUUGCUGUUUCAAAAUUUUGCAAUUAAUGGCACUAUGAAAAUGUUAUACGUAGAGAUGUUUUGGUGCAUAAUUUGUUUAAGUGUAAAAUUUAUGUAAAAUGAUAUAUUUUCAUUUUCUUUUUGUUAAAUAAUAGUUGUCAUGAUUUGUAUCUGCAAUCUCGAUAUCUUUUGCUUUGCUUUUUACAAUAGUUUGUGAUACCUGCUUGUUUUGACUGAUCUGAUGUGCCUUAGUGGAUUUUUAGGAGAAGCCAAUGACUUCUUAUUGUUCGCCUAAUAUGUGUCCAAUGCGGUUGGAGAUCCCUUAACAAGAAAAAUAAGGAAAAGAAAACAUGAUAUAUGUCAUAAGAUUUAUUUGAUUAUUUUUAUCGCAAAAUUUCUUUUGAAUUAUUUCAUAUAAGAACUUAAUAGCUAUACCUAAUGGCCAUGUCUUAAAUAUGAAAAGAUAAAUUGAAUAUUAAGAUAUAAAUUACGUAAAAGGUGUUUUAUUUUAAAGUCCAAAUCUGAAAUAACCUCAAUAAUUGUGUUUUUACUUACAAAAUGGAAAAUAAAGUAAAAGAAACAAGAAGGUUGGUUGCACAUGAACUUUUGAAAAUCAUUGUUUCCCUAAAUUGUUUAGUUUGAUUUGUAGAUUUUCUUACAUAACAUUUGAUAUUGUAGUUAGUUCAGACCAAAGAGUUUACUAUUAUCUUAGUACUGAACUUUUAGUUAGUAGUAACAUUUUUAUAAUGCAAAUCCAUGACCGGUUUACAUAUUUUGCUUACUAACAGGUUAUUAAAGGAUACUAUUCAUACUUUCAAAAUGGGCCUAGUCAAUUUAAAUUAUGGAAUUUUAUAGAAAUGCUGUAUUCGGAUGUGAAUGGUAUGAAAAAAGAAUUUUUAAUUUAUUUUUUAAUAUUUUUGUGUUUUUUUUCAACAUGACUGCCAUUUUAAUUAAGUUGUGUUUAAAUUACUCAAUUUUUCAGCAAACAGUAUAAUAAUAAUAAUAGUUUUAUUAAUUAAAGGUAACACAUUAAGUUAGUUAACCAAAUUACUUUAUUAUUAUUAAUACUUAAUUAUCAUACUGCAAUAUAUUUAUUUUUAUCUUUUUUGUGUUACAAGAAUAUCAAAAAUCUUUUUAACAUUUAGCUGUAAAAUGUAUGUUGAAAUAAAUUUUGAAUCAUC